UUAAAUGUGAAGAGAUGAUGUCAUCUAUUGGCUCCCUCCCAGCAGGCCUCAUUUCCUGCACUGGUUAUUUAAGAUGAGUUUCAAGCAUUUCAUCUAAUAUUUGCAAAUGUCAGAUAUGGAAGUGUAUAUUAACACACUAUAUUCUGAGUUGAACAUUCCCUUUCAGCAAACGGAUCAGACCAGCAAGCAGCGUCCAGAAAUGCGACGCAGAUGGUCUGUUUGUAUUCUUAUUGUUAUUUUUGUGUGCCUCCUAUUGGCAGCAGCCGCUGCCAUUGCUGUUAUGGCACUAAAGACAAACCCCUGUCCCGAGUGGUGGGUGCGUUACAAAGACAAGUGUUACUACAUUUCAACAAACAAAACCACGUGGAACACAAGUGCAGAGGAUUGCAUGUCACAAGGAGCUCAGCUCAUCAUGAUGGAAGACCAAGAGGAACUGGAACUUCUCCGUCAUCAGUGUAGAGUUCAUUUAUCUUUCUGGAUUGGACUGAGAAGAAAAGUGGACUGGAAGUGGAUUGAUGGACGGGCUUUCAAUUCUACAAGUUCUGAUUUGAUAGGGCAAGGAAGCUGUGCCUGUCUGACUGGAAAGAAAAUACAAAGUUUGAACUGUGAUCAGGAUCUAUACUGGAUCUGCAAGAAGUGGUCCUCUUAUAUGUGACUAAACCAGAAGGACACAAAUACUGGACACAAGGCCCUUAACACUCUCCGUAUUAUAAGGAACUGUUGUUGAAAAUAAUAUCUUGAAUAAAAGAAAUGAAGUAUCAAGAAACUGAAUUUAAAAGCUUGCAGUGGAUCUGUCUAUAGCAGUGUACCUUAGUAAAAACACAAAUAUAUUGUUGAACAUUUAAUGCAGAUUUGGCACCAAAAGUGUGAAGUACAGAUUGAAUUUGUCAAAGUACAUGGAACUGAUUACCUUUCUCAUGUUUGUGAGUUUGAGAAAUUUACAGAUAUGGACAAAUUUGUUGGUCCCCUUGAAAAAAAUCUUGUAUGCCCCCUGAAAAGAGAUUAAUUUGUCCCCUGUAUACAUGAAUGCCUUUUGUGAAAAAAGAUCAGGUACUGCUUGUUCUACAAAUUGGCCUGGACACACUUGUUAGUUCCCCAUAGAAAAUAUCUAAAGAAUUGGAUCCGAGUGAUUUUUUAAAACUGGCUGUUUUCUCAGUUUCAUAUCACACAAUUCUCCAAUUGUGCAAUCAGUCAUUCAGCUGAUUGGAAUGGAGAAAAGUCGUCACUUUGCUGUUUGGUGCCACCAUGUGUCCCACACUGAACAUGGACCAGAGAAAGCAAAAUAGAGAGUUGUCAGAGGAGAUCAGAAGGACAAUGACAGACAAUCAUGUGAAACAUAAAGGCUAGAAGUCCAUCUCCAAGCAGCUUGAUUAUCCUGUGACAACAAUGCCAAAUAUUAUGAGGAAGUUUAAUGUUCAUGAGACUGUAGACAACUACCCAAGAGGAAAAUUGACCUUAGAAUGGGUAGAAGGAUAUUGAGAUUGACAGACAAAAAGCCAAAGACAGCUUCCAAAGAGAUACAAGCUGAUCUCCAAGGUCAGGGUCCAUCAUUGUCUGAUUACAAUAUCCAUGACUUUCUGAGUGGCAAUGGGCUCAGUGAAAUGAGACUCAGAAGGACACCACUGUCGAAAGAAAUGCCAGAUUGGAAUAAGCUCAAAUGCAUAUUAACUUCUUAAUGCUUCUUGGAGAAUGUCCUUUGGUGAGGUGAGACAAAACUGGAGCAUUUUAGCAAGUAACAUCAGCCCCAUGUUCACAGAUGAAGAAAUCAAGGUGUCAAAAUAAAGAACACCAGACCUACUGUGAAACGUGGAGGAGACUCGCUUAUGUUUUAGGGCUGCUUUGCUGUGUUUGGCACAGGGUGCCUUCAGUCUAUGAAGGGAACAAUGAAAUCUUAAGACAUUCUUGAGUGAGAUGUACUGCCCAGUGGCAGAAAGCUCUGUCUCAAUAAUCGCAGGUCAUGGAUCCUCCAACAGGAUAAGGAGCUGAAACACACAGCUGAAAACAUCCAAGAAUGGCUAAAAACAAAACAUUGGACUGUUCUGAAGUGGCCAUCAAGAAACCCUGAUUUGAGUUCUAUGGAACAUCUAAAGAAAGAAAUGAAACGUGCAGUCUGGAGAAGACCCACUUCAAACCUGACCCACCUGGAGUAGUUUGCUCAGGACGAGUGGGCCAAACGACCUGUGGACAGGAGCAGGAGUCUCACAGAGAGUUCUAGGAAUCACUUGUUUGCAGGGACUGCCAGCUCUAAAAGUUGUGGAACAAAAUAUUAGGUUAAAGGUCCCAUCAUUUGUUGUCCAUACCAUUUCCUUUGUGUUAUUAUUAGAAAUAUUCUGUAGAAUCAGAACUCUAAAGCAAAGUCUGAAUUUUGUUAAAUAUGGAAUAAACAAUGAUGA